AUGUAAAUUUUUUAAGAGGAAACACUUGUUCGUUAACUAAUAUCUAAUAUAUGCAACCCUUUUGUUGAAAGGUAAUAAUCUUAUCAUAAUUUAGACUUGCUUAUGUUGAAAAGGAACUUGAAAAGAUUUAGUUAUUCAUUCAUCAACAUAGUAGGAGAAUAGAUAUUUUGGCAGAUUAAUCAGAUUAAUAAUGUUUUGAUAUGUAAUUUAAUUAUGAUUAUAAAAGUAAAUUGAGCAAUGAUGCAAUUGAGCAUCUUAAAAAGAAUGCAUAAGAUGAUUAUACAAAAGUGUUUGAAAUUCAAAGCAAUUUUAAUUUGGAUUUGAAUAAAAUUAGAUUAGAAUAAGGAACUAUUAAACUUGAAUAAUAAAAUUAAAAGAAGGAAAUAACUAUUUUAGGUGAAGGUUAAUAAAGUUUGACUGAAAGAGUUGAAAUUUAUAACAAUUAUUUAAGUUAGAAAUUGUAUCAACAAGAAUUAGCUAUUAGUAAUUUUGAUACUUCUAAUUCCAAAGUUAGCUCAAAAUAAACAGAAAUCAAUGUAAAAGUAUCUAAUUUUUAUCAUUAUUAUUAGAAUCAAGAAGAAAUUUCUACUUUAUAAAUAAACACAUAAAAUCUAUUAUAGAAAAUUUAAAGUAACGAAUAAGAAAUCACUAAAAUUCAAUGCAGUAAAUAAUGGAUGCAAGAUAUGAUUGUAGACUUAAGAUAAAAAUCAUAAUACUUUUUAACCAUUGAUCAAACUGAUUUACUGUAAUAAACUCAUUUAAAAAUUGUUCCACCUAUCUUAUCUGAAAAUUUAUAAAUUAAAAAGUAUUAACAAUAUUUUUAUUAGUUAAGUUGAUAAAGAAUAAAUUUAAGAUAUCAUUGAUGAAAAAAUUAAAGAUUUAUCAAAAAAUAUAGAUAUAUAAAUUUAAUAAUCUAAAGAACAAAAUAAAAUUUAAAUAGAAGAAUUAAAAAUGUUAUUCUCAAAUUUAAAGUAAGAUUUUUCUCGAAAACAUCAAUUAAUGAAUUCCAAUUUGAAAGAUACAAAUGAAAAAUUAUUAAAUGCUGUAACAUCAUCAAUUAAAGAAUAUAAAAUGGCUUUAAAUUAAAUUGUUAAAGAAAUUGAUGAACAAAACCAAGUAUAAUUUCAAAAAAUUUCCCAAGAAAUUUAAACUAUAUAAACUUAAAUAACUGGUUUGGAUCUUAGAAUGGCAGAAACUCAUUUAAAGGUCGUCCAUAUUGAAGAGAAAUAAAAAGAAAUAUAAAUUCAUUAAACCUCAUUUUAAUAUUUAAACAAUUAAAAUGAUAUUAUAACAUAUCUACCAUAAAAACCUGAUUACUUUUAAAACGAUAAUUUUUAAGUUACAAAUACAAGUGGAACUUCAAAAAUUAUAAAAACAGAUUAAUCUUUAUAAGUAUAACAAAAUGAAAAGUUGAAUAUUAUAAAAUAAGAUUAAAUCUAACUAUUUGAGUCUGAUUAAAUGAAUGUCUUGAUGUAAAAUUAAAAUUAAUAGGAAAUCAUUUAAUCACCAAAAACAAAGGUUUAUAAUGAUAUUAUUAAACUUAAGUCAGAUUUUUUUAAUGAACAACAAUACAAUUAAAAUUAAAUGAAUAAACUACUAAGACAAAAUACUGUUACUGAUUAAAUACUUUAAGAUAUUAAUAAAUAACUAAAAUAAUUUAAUUAGUAUUUUUGUGUAAUUUUCUCUUUAAUUUUACAUAAUGAAUUAAUAGGGACUGAUUUUCAAGUAAAAAUUAAUGGAAAUGGAUUUAAAUUUGAAUUCUUACCAUUUUAAUAAGAUGAAAGAACAAUAAUGUCAUAUUAAAACAAUAAGAUAGCAAAAGUGGAUCUUAUUACGAAAACUAUUAAUGUUAAUCAUUCAAUCAUAAAAAAAUAAAGAUAAAAUACUUUUGAUUUUCAAUAGGAAAAGAAAAGGUUUAAUACAGAAACAACUAGAGAAUUGAAAAGUAUAAUUUAAUAAGUAUAAUAAUAGCUACGUAUAACAAUAAAAAGAAUAGAUUUUAGGAGGAUAGAUAGGUCACAUAAACUGAAAGACUUAAUUUAUCUUUAGAUAUUACAGCAUACUAAUAAUUACCUUAAUAAAAGGUAAAGAAAGUAUUAGUAAAAUAUAAGAGAUUAUUGGAUUGA